UAUCAUCUUCCAAAUAGAUCUGACAGUCAGCCGCUAUCAUCUGGCCGCCACUGAAGCAAGAAGAGGACAAGAAAACCUAUGGAAAGCGUUAUUGAACAGCUUUAAUGAACGGAAAUAAAUAAGUCAUCUGCGGUCAUAAAGAGAGAAAGUAGUAAUCAACACCUAACGAGAGCGCUAAAUGGACCAGAAAUAACGGCCAUAGAAAGCGGCGGUUGGUUCUCAACAAGGUGGAGUUUUGUGAGUGAGGGCGAGGGUUACCAUCGAUUGCCUUUACGCGAUUUGGUUACCUGAUGGAGAAACCAGAACGACAUGUGACUCGAAGAUAAUUGCUGCCUUUCCUGGAAAUAUUGAACUAUUACACCAAAAGAAACAACAAAGAAGAAGAGCAACGGGCUUUUCAAUAUAUAAUUAUAUGAACGAGUUUUGAAGAAAUAUCUGAUUUCGCAUACAAUUCGCAUAUAACUUAUUGUGCGAUCUGUGAAUGACUUCUGCUAAUGGAACGAUCAUAUCCUGUCCUUUGAAGUGCAGUUUCUGCGUCACAGGUCGCUGAGAACACAACAUUUACAUUGAAGGACUGAUGUAAACGGACAGGGUAGAGUACAGGAAGGAAGGUUGGUAGUUAGUUGAAGCAAUAUGGCUGAAUUGUGGGGUAUGGGGCACUGGCUGGAACUACCCAUAUCGUCUGGAUACUAGUUAUAGAACAUGGAAACCUAUCCCUGGGCAUCAGUAGCCUCAGAAUAAUGCCUAAAGGUAAACAUAGUUACUACCCGGACUCUCCCUCUAUCCGCAUAUCCAAGAUGGAUGUGAUCAUCCCGUUCUCCCCAGAUGUGCCCUGUGAUAGCAACGGGCAGCGCAUGUGGUGGGCUUUCCUUGCCUCCUCCAUGGUCACGUUCUUUGGGGGUCUCUUCAUCAUUCUGCUCUGGAGAACUCUCAAGUACCUGUGGACCGUCUGCUGCCACUGUAACACCAAAAAGAAGAAUGCUCAGCGGGUCCACAACCCUACCUCCCAUGGGGAUGGGAUCAAGCACACCAAGGAGACGGUGGCUGCACUCAGUGAGGUGGGCUGGAUGACCUCCGUCAAAGACUGGGCUGGGGUCAUGAUAUCAGCCCAGACACUGACGGGCAGAGUCCUGGUGGUGCUUGUCUUUGCCCUCAGCAUCGGAGCCCUUGUAAUAUACUUCAUAGAUUCCUCUGACCCCAUCGAGUCCUGUCAGAACUUCUACAAAGACUUCACGCUACAGAUAGACAUGGCUUUCAACGUCUUCUUCCUCUUGUACUUUGGUCUACGGUUUAUUGCAGCCAAUGACAAGCUGUGGUUCUGGCUGGAGGUGAACUCAGUGGUGGACUUCUUCACUGUUCCCCCAGUGUUCGUGUCUGUUUAUCUCAACAGGAGCUGGCUUGGCUUGAGGUUUUUAAGGGCGUUAAGGUUGAUACAGUUCUCAGAAAUCUUACAGUUUUUGAACAUAUUAAAAACAAGCAAUUCCAUAAAACUGGUGAACUUAUGUUCAAUCUUCAUAAGUACAUGGCUAACAGCGGCAGGCUUCAUACAUCUGGUGGAAAACUCAGGGGAUCCUUGGGAAAACUUCCAAAAUUCCCAGUCACUUUCCUACUGGGAAUGUGUCUACUUACUCAUGGUUACUAUGUCCACUGUGGGCUAUGGAGACGUGUAUGCAAAAACCACCCUGGGACGACUUUUCAUGGUCUUCUUCAUCCUUGGUGGUUUGGCCAUGUUUGCGAGCUACGUCCCUGAAAUCAUAGAGUUAAUAGGAAACCGCAAGAAAUAUGGUGGUUCCUAUAGUGCGGUUAAUGGGAGAAAGCACAUCGUGGUCUGUGGUCAUAUAACACUUGAAAGUGUGUCCAACUUCCUUAAAGACUUCCUACACAAGGACAGGGAUGAUGUCAAUGUAGAAAUUGUUUUUCUCCAUAAUAUUUCCCCUAAUCUUGAGCUGGAAGCCUUGUUUAAACGCCACUUCACCCAGGUGGAGUUCUACCAGGGAUCUGUUCUCAACCCACAUGACCUGGCCAGAGUCAAGAUAGAGUCAGCAGACGCCUGUUUGAUCCUAGCUAAUAAAUACUGUGCAGACCCUGAUGCUGAGGAUGCCUCCAACAUCAUGAGGGUGAUAUCCAUCAAGAACUACCACCCAAAAAUCAGAAUCAUUACCCAGAUGUUGCAGUACCACAACAAGGCCCACCUUUUGAAUAUUCCCAGUUGGAACUGGAAGGAGGGUGACGAUGCCAUUUGCCUUGCUGAGCUGAAGCUGGGCUUCAUAGCACAGAGCUGUCUGGCUCAGGGCCUGUCCACCAUGCUGGCCAACCUCUUCUCCAUGAGGUCCUUCAUCAAGAUUGAAGAGGACACGUGGCAGAAGUAUUACCUGGAAGGAGUAGCCAAUGAAAUGUACACUGAGUAUCUGUCUAGUGCCUUUGUGGGCUUAUCCUUCCCCACCAUUUGUGAACUCUGCUAUGUGAAGCUGAAGCUGCUACUGAUUGCUAUCGAGUACAAGUCUGAUAUAAGGGAAAGCAGCACCCUCAUCAACCCUGGGAACCAUGUGACGAUGCAGGAAGGAACCCUGGGGUUCUUUAUCGCCAGUGAUGCCAAAGAAGUAAAGAGGGCACUUUUUUACUGCAAAGCUUGUCACGAUGACAUCACAGAUCCCAAAAGGAUAAAGAAAUGUGGAUGCAAACGAUUGCUUUAUUCAAAAAAUAACUAUAACGGAUAUAUCAAAUCAAUCGAAGAGGAGCAGUAUUCGACACUGUCGCCUAAAAAGAAACAACGUAAUGGAGACACAAGGAACUCACCCAACGGUUCACCAAAAAUGAUGAGGCAUGACCCUCUCCUCAUGCCGGGGAACGAACAGAUUGAGAACAUGGACAUGAACGUGAAGAAGUACGACUCCACAGGGAUGUUCCACUGGUGCCAGUCCAAAGACAUCGAGAAGGUCAUCUUGACCAGAAGUGAAGCUGCCAUGACUGUCCUAAGCGGCCACGUGGUCGUCUGUAUAUUUGGAGACGCGAAGUCGGCUUUGGUGGGCCUAAGGAACCUUGUGAUGCCUCUGAGAGCUAGCAACUUCCACUACCACGAGCUGAAACCCAUCGUGUUUGUGGGUUCUCUGGAGUAUCUGAAGAGGGAAUGGGAGACCCUUCACAAUUUCCCCAAAGUCUCCAUCUUACCUGGCACACCAUUAAGCCGGGCCGAUCUGAGGGCUGUCAAUAUCAACCUCUGUGACAUGUGUGUCAUCCUGUCGGCCAAUCAGAACAAUAUUGACGACGCGUCACUGCAAGACAAGGAAUGCAUCCUGGCGUCACUCAACAUCAAGUCCAUGCAGUUUGACGACAGCAUCGGGGUCUUGCAGGCUAACUCCCAAGGUUUCACUCCUCCAGGCAUGGACAGGUCCUCUCCUGAAAACAGUCCACUUCAUGGGGGGUUGGUCCGACAGGCUUCCAUCACAACAGGGGCCAACAUCCCCAUAAUCACUGAACUAGGUAUGUCAGCAGUGAAUGACUCCAAUGUUCAGUUCCUGGACCAGGAUGAUGAUGAUGACCCUGACACAGAAUUGUACCUCACUCAGCCCUUUGCCUGUGGGACGGCCUUCGCAGUCAGUGUGCUGGAUUCCCUGAUGAGUGCGACAUACUUCAAUGAUAAUAUCCUCACCCUGAUCCGGACGCUGGUAACAGGGGGGGCCACUCCGGAGCUGGAGGGUCUGUUGGCGGAGGAGAACGCAUUACGAGGAGGCUACAGCACGCCGCAGACCCUCGCUAACCGGGACAGGUGUCGUGUGGCACAGCUAGCCUUGUACGACGGGCCUUUCGCUGACUUGGGAGAUGGUGGCUGCUACGGUGACUUAUUUUGUAAAGCUUUAAAAACAUACAACAUGCUGUGCUUCGGAAUUUAUCGAUUAAGAGACGCACAUUUAAACACACAAAGUCAUACAAGUCAAUGCACUAAACGGUAUGUGAUAACCAAUCCGCCAUAUGGUUUUGAGUUGGUGCCAUCAGACCUGAUCUUCUGCCUGAUGCAGUUUGACCACAAUGCGGGUCAGUCCAGGGCCAGCCUCUCCCACAGCUCCCACUCCUCCCAUUCUUCCAGCAAAAAGAGCUCCUCCGUCCAUUCUCUCACUGCCACCAACCGUACCAACCGCGCCAAGAGCAGGGACUCGCGGGACAAACAGAAAAAAGACAUGGUUUACAGAUGAGCCUGAGAACGCGACCUACCACAGGAACGUUCACAUCAAGCCAAUGAGUACUAGUCACAGUAGUCACACAGCCAACCACCAGGUCAACCAGAACCCUUACAAAUCCACCAACAACCAUAUUCCAUCCAUCAGAGAGGUGGAGGACGAAUGCUGAACUACAGAACCCCAUGUUGACACCUACAGUUGAACCCACCUGUAGAACACCUGGAAAAAGAACUUGGAACUCGAACCCAAGAACAUCUAGAACCCACCUAGAGAACACAUGGAAGUACACCUAUAACCCGUGGAACUGGAACCUGAAGAACACCUUAAAGCUUGAAUCUUUAGUUGCUUUAAUGAUAUAUACCCAUUGAAUCUUGGAAAAUAUAACUUAAACUUGCCUCAGGAGCUUAGUUCAACUGUCAUACCCCAUCAGAACCCAAAAUAUAAGUUUGUUUUACUCCAAUGUUUGUAAACAAUGUAAAUGUAAACAAAUACUGUAUAGCCUCAAAACAUGGUUAAAACUGUAAUGUUGACAUUUUGGCUAGUCAGUCCUUGCAUCCAUAGCUCUCUCUCUGAAUUAGAGAGUGGUUACAUUGCACCAGGCCCAUCACUCAGCUUUUUUACCCCCCAAAAAGGGUUGACCGCUUUAUUGUUUCAAGUAAAGAUUCUAGCUUUAAAGGGAUACUUUGGGAUUGUAUAUAUUUCCCCCAGAUUAAAGAUGAACUCGUGGAUACAAUUUGUAUGUCUCUGUGUCCAGUAUGAAGGAAGGUUGAGUUCGUUUCACGAGCCAAUGCUAAC